AUGACAUCGCCCAACACCUUAGCAAACAGUCUCCAAACACUGCAAAUACAACAAGAUCCAAAACCUGGCCAACAAGCAACAACUAACACACCCAACAAUGCAGCAAUUCCCAACCAAACCUCCCAGAUACCAGUACACCAAGCUACCCCAGUUUUUAUACCCCUCGACAGUAACCAAACUACUAAUUUUGAUGGCCAGAACAACCCAACUGGACAAGAUGUUAAGCUUACUGACGAGUACAACAUUAUCCAGCCUAAUGAAAGCUCUCCAAAACCAGUUACUUUACCAUCAAAUCAAUCACCAAUGAAUUUUGACCAACAUGACCAAAAGCCUAUGGUUACUUCUACCGCAGGCCAUAUUACCCAGCCCGACAGAAGUUUACUGUUUAAUACUUUGCCAACUGGAUCAAAGUCCCCAACCAGUUUUGACCAAAAGAUUGGGCACAAUCAAAAGCCUUUUUUAACUCCUACUGAAAUAACUCAGCCUGACAAAAGCAUGGUACUAAAUAACCCAUUUAGUUCACCAGCCAUUGCAUCCAACCCGCCACCAACCAAUGUUGACCAACAGACUGGAUAUCAUAAAAUAUCUGGUAUGGUUAUUCCUCCUGACGAAAGAAUAAACCACCCUAAGAAAAGUUCACCAUAUGGCCAGUUUAAUGCACCAUCAAAUCGACCACCAACCAAUUUUGACCAACAUGAUCAGAAAUCUGGUAUCAUGGUUCAUUCUGAAGUUCACCAACCUAAUAAAAGUUUACCAAAUUCCCAGUGUAGUACACCAUCUCACUCACCAUCAACCGGUUUUGACCAAAGCCACCCAACACAUACUACUACAAUGUCAAUUUCCUCUACUAACGACACGCAAGAUAUUUCCCCCUAUGAUAUCCCGUCGGCAGUGCCACCUCUGUUGAUACCACUCUCAAAG